AUGGAGCGUCGAGGUAACCUCCGCACCCAGCGCCCCGUCGUCAGGGACACAGCUGUUGUGUCUGGGCAUCGCUUCCAAGGCUGUGCCUCAGGUUUGAAUGACAAGAAAUCCAAGGCCUAUGAAACAAUGGCUGUUGCUAGUCUGCCGGCUGGCCUUUGUGAUGAUCAGUUACUGAUCUCAGUAGUGAAGCUUCACUACUAAGAAAGUAAGAAUGAGGGUGGAGUUGUUGAAGAUGUGCUAUAUCCAACAAGUACCGAGGCAGAUGCAUAUGCAACAUUCAGAGGAAAAAAAGUCUCUCAUUUUAGUGAAAAGGUCUUUAGCUCUGUAAGUGCUCUCCUUGAUCUUUCUGUUUUUUUGGGUCAAGACACUCUAGAAAGUCUGGUAUUGGAGCUAAAAAGGAAAAUACCAAUAUGCUUCAGUCCUUGGGAAUCCAAUGAAAGAAUCUCCGUUCAGGGAUCAUUCAUGGCUCUCAAGAAGCUCAAAGAAUCUGGUGUUACAAGCAUGUUUGCAGGGAAAAAGUGGAAUAAGCAGAGCCUCAGAGGGAGUACACAGAGAACUAGUAACUCUCUGACGUCACUUGGACCCUCAGUACCUGAGACUACUAGCAGAGGAGAAAGGCUUGUUCUUGACACAGGUGCUUCCCUUUACCUGAGGAAGAAAAGCAGCUUAUAUGAAAGCACACUGAAAAAAUUUCACAUUGUAUGUCAGGUGAGAGUGGAUGGUGAAACCACCACAGUUUGGAUAAACAGUGCUCAAGAUGGUUCUUAGCCAAACAAUGAUGCAAAAGGGUUCAUUGAGAAAUAGUCACAUGCUUUUCAUUUUGAACUUAAAAAGGAGACAUUUAUUUUGGAAGGAAGGGAAAGUAGAGAUAAAAGGACUAUUAAGUUGGCAUGUGAACAACUAAGUUCAAGGUACCUUCUUCUGAUUAAUUUCUGUAGGAUACACAUUGACAUUACAGGAUCUCCUUCUGGCAUGUACUUGUUUAAAAAGGAGGUCAUGAAAUUAGUAAGGCAAAAGUUAAGAACGAUGAAGAAAGUAUAG